CUCUGAGGAGAGUGUGUGAGGCUGCAGUGUGGAGAGUUGUCGUCCAGAGAGCCCUAAAAGGGGUGACCAGCGGCGAAAGGUGAGCGGUCACAAGUGGAGCCGUCUGCGCCCGACAACUGAGUGAGACGCUAGGGAGGGAAGCGUCGCAGCUGCUGAGAGAGAAGUGCUGACAGGAAUCAUAUCAGCGUGCGAGCCGCAAGUGAAGCAUCAUGGAGUCUCUGUCAUCACAGCUGGGAAGCACUGAAGAGGCUGCCUGACAGUGAGAGGAUGGAGUGCAGCUGCGGGGAACAGCUUUGCCAUGGAAGCAAAAAGUAAAAAGCAGUUCAAAACAAAACCGAAGCCUCAACACAAAUCACCCAAGGGCACCACGUUUAAGAUGAAAGCACUUGGCCCCCAAAGGCAGCAUGGCAAAACCAAAGGGCAGAGCCCAAAGGGAAACCCUAAAUCUAAGAAGUUUGAAAAGGGCAAUAAGAUGCCUGAAAGUGCAGCAGGGGGCAAAGCCAGCGUGAAACGGUUCACAUCCAAAAAUACAAAUCAGGGUGAUGGCUUCACAAAGAAGAGAAGGCAUCAAGAGGAUGGCAAAGAAGGGGGCUCUGAAGCCAAGAAACCAAAGCGGGAUGACUUGAAAAAGAAGCAGAGAGAAUUGAAACAUACCAGGCAACUUAAUGAAAAGAGUAACUAUGACAUCAUGACAAAGUCCAAGCAGAUUUGGGAGAACAUUAGAAGAAAGGACUGUGAUGCCACAAAGAGGUCCAAGCUAAUGGAUGAUCUGGAGAAACUGCUUCGGGGAAAUGUCAAAAGUAUUGCAUUUGCCCAUGAUACAACCAGAGUCAUCCAGUGUUACAUAAAACAUGGAAAUGAGAAAAGAAGGCAAGAAGUUUUUGAAGAACUCAAAGAACACAUAGUCGACUUGAGCAAGUCAAAAUAUGCCAGAAAUAUUGUGAGGAAGUUCCUAAUGUACGGGUCAAAAUCCCAAGUUGCAGAAAUAAUUAAAAGCUUUAAAGGGCAUGUGAAGAAGCUGCUGCGGCAUUCUGAGGCUUCAUACAUAGUGGAAUAUGCAUACAAUCACAAAGCUAUUUUGGAGCAGCGGAAUAUGCUAAGCGAAGAACUUUAUGGAAACACAUUUCGCUUUUACAAGUCCACCGUUCAUCCCUCUUUAGAUAAAGUGUUGGAGGCCCAGCCUAAGAAGAAGGAAUCGGUUUUGGAGGAAAUGAAACAGAUCCUUGUGCCCCUGGCACAAAAGGAAGCUGUAAUCAAACACUCUUUGGUGCAUAAAGUGUUUCUGGACUUUUUUAACCAUGCAACUCCAAAAAUAAGAUCGGAAAUGAUUGAGGCUAUUAGAGAAGCAGUGAUCUACUUAAUUCACACACAUGAUGGUGCAAGAGUGGGCAUGCACUGUAUAUGGCAUGGAACACCAAAGGACAGAAAAGUAUUUGCGAAAACCAUGAAGACCUUUGUUGAGAAAAUUGCCACAGGGGAGUUUUCUCAUCUGGUCCUGCUGGCAAUGUUUGAUUGUGUCGACGAUACAAAGCUGGUAAAGCAGAUAAUCAUUUCUGAAGUUAUCAGCUCCUUGCCCAACCUAAUCAAAGAUAAAUACGGGAGGAAAGUGCUGCUCUAUUUACUGAGCAGACGGAACUCUGCACAUUUUCUGCCUGAGAUCAUUGAAGUGCUCAAACAAGGAGAUGUCAAUGCACACAGUAAGAAGGACCCUGCAGUGCGUCACCGUGAGCUGCUGGAAGCUAUUUCUGGACCUUUGUUAAAAUAUCUUGGUGAAAACCUGCAAGAUUUAGUGUUACAGAAUGCCAUGUGUGUCAUGGUGACCAAUAUUUUGUUGUAUGCAGUUGGGGACACACAGCCUGUCAUGUCCGCCAUCGCCAGUAUGGCAGCAGAAGACUUUGUGCCAGGCGGCAAAGAUGGAGAGCUUCACAUUGCAGAGCACCCCGCUGGUCAUCUGGUACUGAAAUGGUUAAUAAAGCAAGAUAAAGACUUAAAAGAAAAUGGUAAAGAAGAAUGCUUUGCUAGAACAUUGGUAGAACAAGUGGGCAUCAAGAAGCUCAGCAGUUGGGCACAAGUGAACAGAGGGGCCAUAGUCCUGUGUUGUCUUUUACAGAGUUCAAAUGAAGAAAUUGCCAUUCAAGUAAAAAAUGGACUCAAGGGCCCUCUGUCUAACCUAAAAGACUCCAAAAACACAAAAGCAAUUGAGGCCUUAAUAGAAAACUUAAACUCUCCUUAGCGGUGGUGUUUCUUUCCAUUGUGCAGUUGAAUAAUUGCCUGUGUAAAAUCUGUAGAUGUGAUUUACUGUUUUAAUGGCUAUGGAGGGAACUGUAAGAAUGUUUUAUAUUUAUAAAUAAAACUCCUUUACAAACA